AUGAAGCAAAGGAGGGUGAUUCUCAUUGCGCUGCCAUCUCUUGUUCUCUUCCUCUUUUUCUUUUUCUACAUCUUGUUCAACAUCAGAGUGAAAUCACUUCUCCUAGCUUCAUCCAACAACCAUUCCACUGCACUCACCAAAACACCUCAUACAGAAACCAAAUUUAGCAUCCUGAUCGGAAUCUUAACCCGCCCGGAUAACUAUGAUCGCCGCCAUUUCCUUCGCCUUGUCUAUGGAAUCCAAUCAUCUUCGAUAGCUGAAAUUGAUGUAAAGUUUGUAUUUUGCAAUCUCACGAAGCCUGAACAAAGGGUACUCAUAGCUCUAGAAAUCCUUCGUUUCAACGACAUCAUCAUUCUUGAUUGCAUUGAGAAUAUGAACAAUGGCAAGACCUAUGCAUACUUCUCUUCACUCCCGCAUAUCCUACCAAGACAUUAUGACUAUGUCAUGAAAGCUGAUGAUGAUGUUUUCAUUAGGCUUGAGCCAUUGUCUUUGUCACUAAAGCCACUACCAUGGCAAGACUUGUAUUAUGGUUUUGUAAUCCCUUGCAAUAGCAUGAAUCCCUUUGCGGAUUACAUGUCAGGGAUGGGGUUUUUGCUGUCCUGGGACCUUGUUGAAUGGAUUGGCAAGUCUGAAAUCCCUGAGAAUAACACAGUUGGGCCAGAAGACAAGAUGGUUGGGAAAUGGUUGAAGAUGGGAAACAAGGCCAAAAACAGGUUCUCCAACAAGCCUGCAAUGUAUGAUUAUCCAGGAACAAAUGGGAGGUGCUCGCAUGAGCUCAUACCAGAAACUGUGGCAGUUCAUAGACUUAAGAGGUGGGAUCAAUGGCUGAAUGUGCUUGAAUUCUUUAAUGUAACUAAACAACUUAACAACUCCAAACUAUAUCAUGUAUGA